CUGUAGUGUUGGACGGGGGAGGCGCUUCUGUGCUCUUUAAGCGUAUGUUUUCCCAAUAGAAAAUUUCCUGUUGUCAUUCGCACCAUAGAUACGCGCGCGCGCUCAUCUCCAUCACGGGGAAGCGCGUGGAGUUGUCAGAUUUUACGGAAUAUUCCCGAAAUAUCAGCUUAUUUGCGUGAUAGAGAUAGAUGUACAUCAAGUGAAUGUGUAACCCGUGUAUAAUUUCAGAGGACAAUGUUUUGUGUGUGAGGUGCACCCAAUGUAUGAUCUCAUCGUUCACUUUGAGAUGACCAAGGAGAACUGAAAGACACCCUGGCGCCACCUCAAGGUUUCUAUUUCUCUGUCUCCUGUCUCCGCUCCUCUAUGGGUUCCCGAAGUCAGGGGUUCUUCCACCACCAAGAUCACCAUCACCACCACCAUAACCACAACCACCAUCACCGCGGUUCAGUGGUGCCCACGGCCAUCCCCCGACUGGUGCCAGAGACCAACAGCAUGUUGGGGGGCAUCGCCCAGAUCACUCCUUCCCUGUUCCUUGGCCGGGGGAAUGUGGCAUCCAACCGCAGCCUUCUCCUGUCCAAAGGGAUUACCUGUGUGGUGAACGCCACCAUUGAGCUGCCCAACUUCAACUGGCCACACAUGGAGUAUAUGAAAGUGCCACUGGCUGACAUGCCUCAUUCGCCAAUCUCACUUUAUUUUGACAGUGUGGCUGAUAAGAUCCACAGUGUGGGCCGCAAACGGGGAGCCGUGCUGGUGCACUGUGCGGCUGGGGUGAGCCGCUCCGCCUCGCUUUGUUUGGCCUACCUCAUGAAGUACCACAGAGUUUCCCUGGCUGAGGCUCAUGCCUGGGUCAAGGCUCGCCGACCCGUCAUUCGUCCUAACGGCGGGUUCUGGCGACAACUCAUUGAGUAUGAGAGGAAACUGUUUGGCAGGAACUCUGUGAAAAUGAUCCAGACGCCAUACGGUGUCAUUCCUGACGUGUACGAGAGGGACCGCAGGAACUUGGCACCUUACUGGGGCUUGUGAAGUAGGGGUUUGUAUGGUUCAAGCGUAGAGGACGGGUCCGAUAACCCAUCUUUGACUUCAUUGUCUUCCGGGCUCUUUCCGUACGUCCACGUGUCCCUUCUGCUAGAGUAUAAAGCGAGACGGGAGUGCUUAUGUCCAUUUUUAAAAGGGAAGAAGUCACUUUGACUCCAUAUUUUAUGAGGUCAGGAGUGAUAAUUCAUCCUUGAAUGCUGAAAUUAAUCUUGGUGAUGAUAACGGUUUUUGGGGCACUUUGGGAACCAAGUGUAGUACUGAGAAUCAGAAAUUCAGUCCUUGGUUAAGACUUACCAAACAUAAUAUUGUGAGGAUGUUGUUUCACUUUUGGCUGUCGUUGUUGAGAGGCAGCAGUCUGAUCUUGAUUUCUAGUAGCAUUUGAAAAUUAUAUAAUAUAUAUAAAUAUUAAAAAUCUAUUAUAUUCCAAGGUGUAUUUAAACGUGCAGAAAAAAUAGUUAAAAAAUAAAUAAAUAAAUAAAAAUACAAAGAUAAAAGUUUUGGAAGGUUUUAUGAAGAGUUUAAAAGAAAGAAGCUACAAAGUUUAACAAAUUUGUAAACUAUUUGUGUAUAUUAAAAGAAAAAAAAAAUUUAUUGAGCAUACCAUGAACCCUGUGUUGGGAUUUGUAACGUCAUUGCAAAUACAAAAGUUGCAUUUUGAAAGGUUUAGGGUGUUUCUCAAGAAGCAGAACAAUAAAUAUGACAGUCACAGGCAAGUAAUUUUUUUCAAUGAAUUAUAUUUUGUCUAUUUGGUCUUUUUGCAAUUCUACUCAGUUUUUAAUUUUAACUCAAGAUGUUUAUUUAAAAUGUUUUCUGCAGUGCGGCAGUAAUUAUAACCGAAGGACAUCCAUCAGAGAACUCCUAGCAAAGCUUUUACUAAUUCAUGUUAAAAAUAACUGAAUUCAUGUAAAAGAGUUCAGAUUUAAUUAGUGUGAUGAAAUGAAUAAAGGGUGUAAUAUUUGAA